AGGUUCGCAGAAAGAAAAAUAGGUUUACUAAAGGUUCCGCCAGGUUGCCGUUUAGGCGACUAAAGGGCAGCUUAAAGGAACCUAUUAGUUGGGAGCACCACCGCGAAUUUUCUAAAGGCGCCUUCGCACAAAUCAAGCUUGCUCGUUUUGUUUCGCAAGCAAAGCUUGCUCACACGCUAUCGCAACGGAACCUUCGGUGCGAGCGUAAGCUUUGCAAACCCGCAGAAGGCGCAGAGCGUGCGAGCAAGCUUUGCUUGCGAAACACAAAGCAUGCAGGGAAGCAGAGCAUAUCCGAAGAAAGUUGUGUGGCAAGCGAACCAGAAGGUUGUAUCAUUCAUUAUGCGCGUUGGCUUCGCGCCUAGAAAUUAGCUUGCGUAGCAAGCGCGUAAGAAUAUAAUGCCCCAAAAGCAUCGCAAAGCUUGCCUUCUUACGAACCUAAAGGUCUCCUUCGCAACUCUUAAAAGAGCCUAAUCUUAUCUUAAAAGAGCCUACCUAAAGGUUCGCAGACUCUAACGAGGUUCCUUUAGGGGAGGGAGGAGAGCGCGGAACCUAACCUUUGGUUCCGUUACGGAACGAACGAGCAAGCGACAUUAUUAACGGAGACGUCGUUGCUAAAGGCAGGCACCGCUGCAGGGGAAGCAAAGGGAGAGUGGCUGAGUGGUUAAAAGCGACAGACUGUAAAUCUGUUGAAAGUCUUCUACGUAGGUUCGAAUCCUGCCUCUCCCAGUGCUUUUAACUAGGAGACUUCGCUUGUAUGGGUACUCAAAAAUCUUGAAAUUCCGAACCCGCAACUACACUUUUCAUUAACCACUUGAUUCUUUAGGAGUCUUCUAAUUGUUUCAAGAACUAAAAAAUCGAAGAAAGAAUGUCCGUAGGUGCGAAGAAAAUGUCCGAAUGCAAAUUUAUCCCAAACCUAUUCGUUAGAAGCUUCGCAAGUAUCCGUCGUCUAAUAAUGUCGCUUCCGGUCCUUGUAGGAAACCUACAAGCAGACCUCGCUUCGCACCCCAACUGGCGCCUUCGGUGUUUAUUAUGCACGAAAACAUACUGGCGUGCGUUUUUAUGCAGAACCCCAACGCCAACUGUUUUUCUUCGAUAACGACGCGAAGCGUGCGAGCUUGCUUUAUUAUCUCGCGGGCAUUGUUAGGCGCUUGCAAAGCAUACCGCUUCGCUUGCGCUCGCACGCUCCGGGCCUUCCCCUUUCAAAUAAAACGAGCGCGCGCCCCCCUCCGUCACACCGAGCAAGCGAAGCUUGCGAAGGCUCGUUAGAGUCGCGCAUAAUAAAGCUCACACCGAAGGCGCGUUAGGUCUCCUAGUAGUGAGCUUAAUCAGAGCGAGCAAGCAAAGAAAAAAAAGCAAGGGUCCGGUUGGACGAGCGCAAGCGAAGCAAACCACGGUUGGACGAGCGCAAGCGAAGUAAACCACGGUUGGGCGAGCAAGCAAAGAAAAAAGCAAGCGAUGGCGCAAAGCGUGCGAGCGCAAGCGAAGCAAACCACGGUUGGACGAGCGUAAGCGAAGCAAACCACGGUUGGACGAGCGAGCGAAGCUCGCGAAGGAAAGUGCGGAUAAUGCAUGCGCGGCAUUAUUGGUUCGCCAGAAGAAGGCUGCAUGGGUGGGAUAUGCGCGUUUUCUUUAUUAUGCCCGAGAGCUUGCAUUUUCUUUUUAUGUGCGAAGCAUGCCCGUAGAAAGUUAGGUUCGUUAGAAAUUAUGCGCGUUUUAUUAUGCCCCGAAGAAUUUUCACUUGAAAGCGAAACACAUACUUGCUUGAAAGCGAAACACAUACUUG